AUGCCGAAAUCAAUGAAAGACAACAGAGCAGUUCGAAUGCUCCGAGAAGCAGAGGAAGGAGGCUAUGGAAUCAUCGGUGUCGUUUCCUACAACCUCGAAACCAUAACAGCCGUCGUCCGCGCCGCCGAAAAAAAGCGCUCGCCAGCCCAAAUCCUCCUCUUCCCCUGGGCCCUCCACUACUCGCCCCUCCUAAUCCAUCUCGCCAUCGCCGCCGUGCGUACCGCCACCGUGCCUAUCGUCCUGCACAUGGACCACGCGCAGUCCGAAGACGAGAUCAUCGCGGCGUCGGACUACGAUUUCGAUUCCAUCAUGGUCGACAUGUCGCACUACGAAAAGGAAGAGAAUUUAGAAAAGACGGAGCGGAUCACGAAGAUGUUGCAUGGGAAGGGUAUUGCGACGGAGGCGGAACCCGGACGGAUUAAUGGCGGGGAGGAUGGGGUUAAAGAUACGGGGGAUCUUGAGGGAUUGCUUACGACCGGGGAGGAGGCGGCGAGGUUUGUGAGUACCGGGAUUGACUUUUUGGCGCCGGCUUUUGGGAAUGUGCAUGGGAAUUAUGGGGGCAUUGAGAAUAUUAGGUUGGAGUAUGAUAGACUUACAUCCAUCCGCGAAGCCUGCAAAGGAAAAGCCCAGAUGGUUCUCCACGGCACCAACACCUUCCCCGACGAAACGACCCAGAAAUGUAUCAAAGGCGGUAUGACCAGGAUUAAUGUCAAUGAUCUCGUCUUAUCUAAAUACAACGAAUACGUGAAGGAGAAUACGGGGAAAGUGCCGCUUACUGAGUUAAUGGGGAAGGGCACGGAUUUGAUUCAGGAGUUGUGUGAGUACCAGAUGGAUGUUAUGGGGAGUAGUGGGAAGGGUGAGGUUAGGUAUUAG